AUGGACUUAACCAACAAAGUAGUUAUUGUCACAGGUGCGGCUAGAGGAAUAGGCAAAGCACUGGCCACGGGUGUACUUGCCAAAGGAGCCAAGGUAUGUUUGUCGGACAUCAAUGAACAACUUGGGACUACAACCGCACAAAGUUUGGCAACAUUGUAUGGUGACAACAAUGUAACUUUUGUGACCUGUGACGUCAGGAAUGAAGACCAGUUUAGAAAUGUGUUUCAGGUAACAAAGGAUAAAUUGGGACAGGUCGAUAUCGUCAUUAAUAACGCCGGAAUACUUGAUGAAGAAAAUUGGGAGAAAUGUGUGGAUGUGAAUUUGAAAGGAUGCAUUCUUGGAACAAGACUUGGUGCUGAGUCGUUAAGGAAGGACAAUGGAGGCAAAGGAGGAAUGGUUAUAAACAUGUGUUCCUUAUUUGGUUUCGUACCAUGUCCGUAUUUGCCGAUAUACACCGCUACAAAACAUGGAGUGUUUGGAAUAACCAAAAGUUUCGCGGAGAUUCCGGAGAUGAAGAUUAACAAUGUGAAAUUUACCUGUAUAUGUCCCGGGGCUGUCGAUACGGACAUCAUCACCGAGGAUUUACAAAGAUUAAGGAAACAAAUGCUGAACGACACCAGCCUAAUGAGUACCGAUGCGGUUGUAGAGGCACUGUUCAAGCUUUUGAGUGACAGCGAUAAUAAUGGCGGCGCUCUCAUUGUUAAUCAGAGAGAUCCUGACAACGAUAUGACAUAUGUCAAAACUAACUAA